UUUCCCUAUCAGGAGCAGGGCUCUAUCAGCCCAUAGGUCGCCUCAGCUCAGUAUUUACUCCACAGCUGGACGAACUGUGACUGGACCCACACAGCUCGGACAGCUGGAUUGUGCUCAAACAGAGGCAGGGGAAGAAUGCUUGCAUGGGCACCCUGGUGAGUUCUCAAGAAAACUUCUCAGAGACAACAUUGCCAUCGCCAUGGCCUGGGCACCUUUCACAGAGAGCAGCAGCUUCAUUGAGGAUGUCAUUGAGUGUCUCCAGGACAUAGUGAGCAGAGAGGACCUGCAGCUGCUGGUAACAGAAGACAAAGCCUGGGAGACGAUCUUGGCAGAAGCAGGAUUGACCAGGGAUGAAGCUGACGUGCUACGUGAAGCUCUGAAGGGGCUUAUAGAUGAUAUGGCCAAGAUGGACCAAGAAAGGCAGCAUGAAGGCCAGCAGGCUAGAGAGAGGUUUUUGGCUUUGUUUCCUCAACUGAAAGUGGAGCUCAUGGAGGACAUCAAAAAGCUCCAUGCCCUUGCAGGCCAGGCUAACAAGGUGCACCUGAAUUAUAUUCUCACUAAUGUGCUGGGCGUCCCCAAUGCCACUGCCUCUGAAAUCUUGACCCUUCUUGACCUGGUUAUGGCAUCCUUCACAGCCAGGGGCCAGCCAGCACCCUCAGGACAAGGUGACAAGUCAAGAGCCAGAAGCAGUGUAACUGAGGUUUCCUCUAGCCCAGAAGACCAUUCAAGCACAUUACCAGAUCAAGAUGAAGCCAGAGAUUUGAUGUCAGCCAUUGUGGAAAAACUGACAAGGUUUACAGAGUCGGUGGGUCGCUUCCCACCCAAAGUUUUUUCCCCAACUGAAAAUUGGAAGCAAUUCCUAGAAGGCGUUGGAAAGAACAUCAGUGCUAUCAAGCUGGCCAGCAGUGACCUUGAGUUAAUCAACAAGGUCAAAUUGGCCAUAAAGAUGGAGAAUAUCAUGGUCCAAGAUGGUACGGAGCUGGUGCAGACAACCUUUGGACACACUGCUGUGGCAAUAAGCAGAGAAACCAAGAUAUUUUGUACGGCCACUGGAGCUGUCUUCUUGGGGUUAGACUUGUACAACCUGGUACAGAACUCUGUGUACUUGCAGGAGGGGGAAAAGUCAGUGUUGGGUAAUGCACUGCGGGAGCAGGCUCAAGAGCUGGAGAGUAUAUUGGAGCACCUCAACCAGGCCUAUGAGCAUUUGAAGUCGGACUCAAGUGAGUGAUUUCCUCUUCACAGCAGCACCCAGCUCAGAGAAGAUGUGCUGCACAAAGACAGGGACAAUAGCAGCGUUUUCUUAGAGGAGAAAGAAGGUGAGGUCAAGUGCGUGAACCUGAAGGAGUUCAGCAUUUUUGUGGCUGAACACAGCAAAGGAGGAAUGAAAGCAGAAAGUCAGUAGGUCAAAGAGAAGGCAGGAACCAGAGUCUGAAAUAACUGACAGUAGGGGAUUGGUGAGUGUAGGGAAUGGGAGGAAAUAGUUUAUUUUGGACUAAAGAAUACAUAGGGAAUCACACAGAGGCCAGUACAGGAGUAAACAAUGGAGACAGUCAGGAAAACAGAAGAGUUGAAAAUGGGAGGAAGUCAGCAUUCAAACCACUACAUAGGAAAAAAGAAACCAGUGGCUACACUACAGAACAUGCGCCUGGGCUGCGGUCCCCUCAGCAAUGAAGCCCAUCCCUCGUGUUCUCUAGCCCUGUCCUUCCAUUGUCUGCUCACCCUUAUCUCAGUCAGACAGUGGCUUCAGGAGAUGGUAGUGAUGGAGGUCAUGGUGGUAGUAGCGGUGGUGGUGGUAACAUGAUGGUGGUGCUGCUGAUGCCAGCAGAAGUAGAGAGCUAGGCAAGCUGUCAUCUCUUUUUGGCGCUAGUAUGUCAAGAAAGCUCAAUGAAACUCCAAUGCUGAUGUGGAAGUGGGGACAAAACCUAAUUCAAGAAAACAGUUAAGGGACCUAAUGGUGUGUAAACCUAAUGGUGUGUAACCUUGAUGUGGUCAAGACAGUCUGGUUGUUCAUCUGUCAGGGGGCAUGCUGGACAAGAUGUUAUCUCAGAUCCAUGGUUCUUCCCAUCUUAUGUUCUACAAACUUGGGUGUAAUAAAUAUUCACUAGUUCUUCUGGAAAAA